AUUAGAGAAAAAGCAACCCGAAAAAGCAGUAUAUUUUGUUACAAAACCACUGGUUUCCCUCUCCAAACAGAGGCUAUUCCUUAAAUCUUACAUUUUUUUCUUCACUAUAAAUAUUUGUACAUUUUUCACUACCUUUGUCAUAUCCUACCUAGUCUCCUUCUAGUCUUUCUGCUUUCAUCAUCCCUUAGUCCCCCACCAAACCUUCUUCUAAAUAUAUUUUUUUUCUUCUCAAAAGUCAGCGCCUUUUAAAAAAAUAAAAUUAUUUUUGGAUUGUCACCCUUAAAAAAAAAAAGGUGUCAAUCUUUUUUUUUUGGCUAAAAACAUUUUAAUUUUGAAGUUUUCUAUGGUUGUGAUGGGAGAAGGAGAGAUCAAUGAUAGUUGGUCUCUAUUAGCCGUUGUAAAGGAAAGUUCUAGAAAAGCUAAACUUAGAGCAGCGCAAGUUGCGGCGGAUGAUAAUAAUCUAAUGACAACGAUAACCACCACCACCACCACUCCAGCACUCGAUUAUAUUGAGUUGGAUCAUAAUGAUUCUCAAAAGUCAAUUUUUUAUUAUGACCAAUAUGUGUUGAUGAAUAACUCGAGAGGUUUUUUGUUACCAUCAGCAGCAGGAGCAGUCGUUGCUGCUCCUGUUGCGGAUGAAGUCAGCGCUUUAGAGGACGAACUAAAAAAAUUGUGCAGGCCUUUUUUGGUCCCUCAACCUCCUGUUGUAAGUAGUGUCAAGGCUGAACCCGAGGCUGGAGCUGGUCAGAUGUCAAGUAAUCUGUUCGUUGAGCAAACAUCGCGACAACAUCUUAAUCCAAGGAGAUUUCAUAUCAUUCCGAAUCAGAGUACUUCUACUGUUGUUUGUGGUGGUCGUCCAUGUAACUAUAAAAAAAAGAAAUUUGAGGAUAGAAGGAUGGUGAGGCUAACUAUGGAGGAGUUGUCAAGUAGCGAUAAAUGGGAAUGGCGUAAGUACGGACAGAAGCCCAUCAAAGGUUCUCCUUAUCCUAGGAACUAUUACAGGUGUAGCAGCGUCAAAGGAUGUAGUGCAAGAAAGCAAGUAGAGCGGAGCCCCAUAGACCCGAAUUUCUACAUCGUUACAUACACUAACCGCCAUCAUCAUCCGUGUCCAUCCAUCCAUAACACCGCUAGGCCCCGGGUCAGGAUCGCAGCCAGGUCUGAACCGACCCCACCACCCGGGUUAGAAGAGUCUCCCACCAAUACCGUGCUCGAAUCGGGAUACGGGCCUGGGCUGGUUGGUAAUGAGGUGAUAGAGAUCGAGCAUGUUGCUGGUGAUGAUAGCUUUAGUAGUGGUGAAAUGAAUGAAGUUUCUUACAAUUACAACGAUCAUGACAUUCUGACGAUGCCAAUGAAUUCGAUGACGUAUUCGGAUCUUUUAUCGGGUAUGGAUGAGGUAAAUAAGGGAGGAAAUUGUACCGGUAGUACUAAUACUACUAAUAAUUAUUACUCAUACUACAAUGAGAAUAAUGUUGGGUAUAAUCCGGGAUGUGACCCGAAUGUGAAAAUGGGGGUCCGAAUGGAGGUUAAUGGGUCGGGGCAUGGUGUUGGGAUUAGAGAGAUGUAUGCUCCUGCUCCAGCAACAUUGGCUGGGGCGCAUCAGCCGCCGAGUAAUAUGGGACAGAACUCACAUAACAACAUUUGGGAUAAUGGGAUGAUUAGGCCUUAAGGUUUCUUUUCUUAGUUAUAUGCUAUAAUUGGUUAAUUAGUAAUAGUCUCUAAAGAGUGAGUGACAUGUGGGGAAGACCGGAAAAGUAACUAAAGGAAAUAGUCGGGUAUUUUUUUAAGAUGAAAGUGUCUAUCUUAUAAUCUUUUAUCAAGGCUUCUUAUUUUUUAGGUUUAUAAGAUGACGUAAAAAGUAAUUUUAAAAUUACAAAACAUCUAAUAGUGGUAGGUUUUAACUUCUUUUUUUAAUUAAUGUUCUUGUAAUCUUGUUUUAUAUGGGGAUUCAGGUUGUUAGCCUUUAGUUUCCUUUCAUGUUUUGUGAUUGUAAAUUUUUCGUAUAAGUAAUUUGUUUGCAUCCGACAGAGUUUAAAAAGAGGAUUAAAUGAUGAGUUAAA